AUGGCCAACCCUCGCGCCAAAAUCUCGGCUGAAGGCUUCGACGACAAGCCGUUCACGCAACAUCCCAGGUUGUCAAGGGGCAAACAAGAUGAAUGCGCAGCGGUUAAUAAGGCCAUUGGGGCCCUUUUUCCAAGGGCAAUUGCCCCUCGCGGCAUCCCGGUUGUCGGCGAUGCCCAUUGCUCGGGCUUCGACACAGCUCCGUGCCACGGCUGCCAUGCCCAGUUGUCCUGUCACAAUAAGGGCGAUGAGGUUAGCCAGCCCCGCCGACGUCCUUUGAACCAUGAAGUCCUCCGAAAGCCAAGCAAAUGCUUACCAGUUACCUACAGCAGCGUUGCCUCGCCCCCGCCAUCCGCCGUCGCUACCAAUGAGCCGCCUAAGACACCCGCCGGGCAGAAGAAAGGAGAAGAAGAUGAGGGCAUCGACCGUAUGCCCCGCUCGAUCGAGGCCUUCUGGCUGAAGCCCCUACGGCGCGAGGUUGAGUACGGAGUGCCCAUGUGCGACCUGCAACUGCGCUCUUAUUCGGCGCGUAAUCUCGAGUUCUUCUGCGACUUCGCCCUUCGUGCCGCAUACUACCUCGGUCUGCCAGCUUUCGGUCCCGUUCCUUUGCCGCGCAAGAUCCAACGCUGGACAGUGCCCCGCUCCGUCUUCGUCCACAAGAAGUCUCAGGAAAACUUCGAGCGCAUCACCCUCCGGCGCUUGAUUCAGAUUCGUGAUGGCCAUCCUGAGACAGUGCAGCUCUGGCUGGCGUUCCUGCAGAAGCAUGCAUACUACGGCGUUGGUAUGAAGGCGAACGUCUGGGAGUUUAGCAAGCUGGAUGUUGCCAAGGAGAUGGAUGCUGCUGUGCAGGAGACGGAGAAGCUGCUGGAGGACAAGUGGGAGCACCUCGGCUAUCUGCAACGGAAGCCCGAAUUCUCUCCGAAGGGCAAGGAGGUUGUCGAGAAGCUGCCAAAGCCGGAGGAGAUCGAGGAGUUCCUUGCGACAGAGAGGAGAAAGGUCUCCGCAGGUAGCAGAAGCGCUGGAAUUGAGGUUCAGGGCAAAGAGAGCAGAGGAGCUGUGAAGACAAAAGAUAAGUCAGAAAAACCUGAGAGAAAAGUCGUCUUCUCGGCCAUCCAGCCGACAGGUAUCCCACACCUUGGCAACUAUCUAGGAGCCUUGAGUCAGUGGAAGCGCCUGCAGGACGAGGCGAUCAAGGAUCCGAACAUCAAGUUGUACUUCUCUGUUGUCGAUCUCCAUGCCUUGACGGUGCCUGGUCCCAAGGAGGCCUUGGUCGCCUCUAAGAAGCAGACGCUGGCUGCUCUGCUUGCCAUUGGCCUUGACCCAGAACACUGUGCUUUGUUCUACCAGUCUCGUAUAAAACAAAUCGCCAAUCUGUAUUGGAUCUUGGGGUGCACUUCAUCUAUGGGUUACCUUUCUCGUAUGACACAGUGGAAGAGCAAGUUGAAGCUCGACGCAGACACAUCAUUGGAGGACUCAAGGGCUAAGGCUGCUCUCAAGCACGGCCUCUUCUCCUAUCCGAUUCUCCAGGCCGCUGAUAUCUUGAUCCACCGUGCUACCCACGUUCCUGUGGGCGACGACCAACGGCAGCAUCUCGAGUUUGCCAGAGAGUGCGUCACCAACUUCAACAGCACCUGGAAGACCAACUGCCUGGUUGCCCCUGAAACCGUGAUCGCUCCCACCAAGCGCAUCAUGUCCCUUACCAACCCCCGUGAGAAGAUGUCCAAGUCCGACCCGAAAGCCAGGUCCCGCAUCCACAUCACCGAUGCCCCAGAGGAAAUAGAAAAGAAGAUUAAGGGCGCGGUCACCGAUGCUCUGGGUAACAUCACCUACGACCCAGUCGAGCGGCCAGGAAUCGCCAACCUGCUCGAUAUAUUGUCUGCCUUUGAUAAGCAGGGGCGCACACCCGCGCAGCUGGCCGAGGAGUUCGCCGAUCAGCAGGCUCCCGAUCUCAAGGCAGCUGUGACGAAGGCUUUGAUUGAUGGGCUGGCCGAGAUCAGGGAUAGAUACCAGUUCUUCCAGGAAAAUGAGAAGGCGCUCAAAGACGCCGAAGAGACGGGUACAAUUCGGGCGAUCCGAAGUGCGGGGAAUACCAUGUCGAUGGUUGAGAAGGCUGUUGGUAUUUAUGACUUUUUCCAUUAA